CCAUAGACUGUCUAUGGUCUUGCCGGUGCAUAAAUAUUUACAUGAGUGGAAAAGUGCUGACAUGAAUCAGUAUAAGAAAAGCACUUCAAGUCCUGCUUCGAAAGUGCAUAAUCAGCACAACAAACUGUGCGUGCAUCGUCCAUUAUUUGAAGUACUUAUUAUGGAGAGCGGCCCCUUUAAGUGUUAAGCUUUGAAGUAUUGGGCCAUUAUUUUAGAUGGAUUCAUUUAAAUUGUGGGUCGAUUGUUGCGCAGCUUGUCAUGGAGGAGCCAAACAGAGAGAGCUAGUUUAAAACAUUUUGUACUGCUGGACUGUCAGAUAAUACACUACAAAUAUUUAUUUAUUAUCCGUAAAAAAAAUAUUAGUAUACAAAGUGCACCUUUGGCAACUUUUAAAGCAUUAAACACCACAAAAAAUCAAGCUACAAAGAAGUGCGGUUAAAAUAUGUUCUCAUUUUGCUUUAGGUGAGAUUCAAAAGCUUCGCAGUGGCCUUUAUGGUACAGGUUUUUGCAAAGAAUUGACAGUUUAUUGCUUUGAAAGAUAUUUUUAACCUAUAUAAUCAUCAUUUAUAUAAAACAUCUCCACAGCUACUACUAAUAACCAGAGUCCCUCGUGCAGCUAUAAGUGUUGUGUCGUUCGCGAACGAUUCGUUAAAAAAACAGAAUCUUUUAAGUGAGCCUACUGAACGUUCGUUUCUCACUUCAGUUGAGCUGUCAGCAGGGCAGAUGCCAUAGCACGCUGCACUGCCAGGCAAAGGAGGGACCGCAUGCACCGACGCCUGAAUCACUUGGUAAACGAAUCACGCAUUAAAUUACACUCCAACUACACUUAUUUUAUUAUUUUUUACUGCUAAAUUGCCACCACAACUUGCAUACAAUAGGACACAGCAUGUAACACAUAGUGCACCUGGAGCAUCCUAUCAUUGCAGCGGUUUGCGAGGGAAUGAUGCAUGUUCAGUGAAUUAAUCACUCAUUGAGCCCAAUUUACCGAGCAGACCUGAUAAAUAGCAUACUAUAGGACAGUACACUUUAAACAUCAUGACUUAUAAACAAGUUCAUCUUUACAAACCUUUUUGCCAAAGAGACACAGCCAAAUGAUUCGAUGAUUCCACGAACGAAUCUUUUGAACGAAUCUUUUUAGUGAACUGAUUCUAGUGAUUCAGUACAUCUAAAAGAACUGCCGUGCCCAUCACUAGCAGCUAUAACGUCUUUGUCCUGUUGAGGGCGGUGUCGAGCCAGUUUCCCUCUCUUUCACUCAGAGUAUAAAGGAGCUGGUGAAAAAAGGCGAAGUUGCCUUCAAUUGUCCAAGCCUAACGUCAUGGAAAGAGUUACUUUUGUUGCAGCGCGCACAGGAAUAAACCCAAAGAAACAUCACUGACCCGUGCUGGGUGAUAAUAACAUGAGGAAGGAGGCUGUUUGGACGCCGGUUUUGCUGUUUGCUUCAGUUUAAAGUAUCGACCGAAGAUGCGCAGGAACCUGUUUACAAGGAAAACGCUGCAAGUUUCAGACUGAGGGAAUGCAGACGAGUCUCAAUGCACAGGGAUACCAUUACGCAUCCGUCUGUUUCUCCUCACGCCACUUUGUCUUGGAAAUAUUUUCAUCUAGGAUCGUUUUAAGGCUCCGGGAUGAGAAUCAAGUGUCUCAUGAGUGAACAAUGCGAGGCUGCAGACCAGUUUCAGAGGAUUAAAUCCACCGGCGCUGCUUUUGGAGGAGCUGUUUGGUGAAACCAGUUCUGCUUUUGAACCUGUUGUGUUUUGUACUGUGAAGAGAGGCAUCGUUAGAGUCUAUAUGAGGGAUUUAAUGUGUUACAGGGCUUUUGUUGCAUAAAGUUUUUGUUAGACUUUUGUUAGACUUUAGUUAGGCAGAAAGGAAAAGAGUGAGAGCCUGAAUGGGCUGAGGAUGCUAGUGCUCACAGUAGAUUUGUUUUAGACUGUGUUGGAUCACAGAAAUAGUUUUACAUAACUGCUGACUUCCUCUUUGUUUACCAAGUCAGGUCAUUAAAUUUACAUAGAAAAUGCAGUGCUGCUGCACACCUGAUCCGACAGCUGCCAUGUAAUUUGAGUUGUUUGCAUAUUACAGUGAGCUAGAGUCAGAUGUUUCCAAAACAGCAUGAAUCCAGACAGUAGCAUCAUUAUAAUCUAAGCACUAUGUGGAUGUAGAUUUUUUCAAAUUCUGCUUUUGGACCCACUGGAUUAUCAAGAUGUCAGUGAAAGCCAAAGCACUCUACACUUUUCAAAGUGAGAACAAAGAGGAGAUCAGCAUCCAGGAGAACGAGGAACUGGUGAUCUUUGAUGAGAAUUCAGUGGACGGCUGGUUUCAGGGGGAGAACAGCCGAGGGGAGAGGGGGCUCUUCCCUGCAUCCUAUGUGGAGAUUAUUCGCACUCGCUCCAAUUCCAACGUGACUGACUGCUCCAUAAGCCCAGCGGGAUCUUUAGGAAAUGACUCCUCCUACUUCCCCUCGACCCCAAACUCUUCCCUGCAUAUGCAGCAGAGUUUCUAUGACGAUGAUGAUGAUGACUGGGACGACUGGGAUGACAGGUCGACAGUUGUGGAAGAUGCUGACCACACCAGGAGCCCAGGGGCCAAUGGACAUGCACAUCAGAGCCCACUUUCCAACAACCCCAAUGUCUACUACCGCUCCAAACCACACAUGGAGCGGCAGGACAGCAUCUCCAGCUCCAGGAAAGGCAGCAUGGUGGGCAGGAACUUGAACCGAUUCUCCAGCUUUGUCCGCUCAGGGGUGGAAGCGUUUGUCUUGGGUGAUGUACCCAUGAUGGCAAAGAUAGCUGAGUCUUACACCAUCGACAUGGCCCCCUUAGGGCCUCAGUGGAAGGAGAGCCCACAGCCUUUCUCCUGCUCCAUUGAAGACCCAACGAAACAGACAAAGUUUAAAGGCAUCAAGACGUACAUUUCGUACCGGGUCACACCAAGCCACACAGGGCGACCUGUCUACAGACGCUACAAACACUUUGACUGGCUGUACAACCGUUUACUGCACAAGUUCACUGUGAUCUCUGUGCCUCACCUGCCUGAGAAGCAGGCCACAGGGCGAUUUGAGGAAGACUUCAUUGAGAAGCGAAAGAGACGAUUGAUACUCUGGAUGAACCACAUGACCAGUCACCCAGUCCUCUCCCAGUACGAAGGCUUUGAGCACUUCCUAAUGUGUGCUGAUGAUAAGCAGUGGAAACUGGGCAAGAGGCGAGCGGAGAAGGACGAGAUGGUGGGCGCACACUUCAUGCUGACCCUCCAGAUUCCCAACGAGCACCAAGACCUUCAGGAUGUAGAGGAGCGGAUUGACACCUUCAAGGCCUUUGCUAAGAAAAUGGACGACAGCGUGAUGCAGCUCACACAUGUGGCCUCGGAGCUGGUUCGUAAACACCUGGGCGGGUUCAGGAAGGAGUUCCAGCGGCUUGGAAACGCCUUCCAGUCGAUCAGCCAGGCGUUCAUGCUGGACCCUCCACACAGUUCAGAAACCUUCAACAACGCCAUCUCUCACACAGGCCGCACCUAUGAGAACAUUGGAGAGAUGUUUGCAGAGCAACCUAAGUAUGACCUCUUUCACAUGCUGGACAAGCUGUCUCUCUACCAAGGCCUGCUCGCCAACUUCCCCGACAUCAUUCAUCUACAGAAAGGUAAAUAUAUUCACCAGUAGUUUCGAUAUUUGUUCCAAAACUGAUUGACUGGUCUUUAGGCUCCUGUCUGAUGUUCACUCCUGCAGCUUCAAUCACAUUUCAAGAGGAUAUCCAACCAUAAGGUGAUAAGUUGUACCAGCCAUGAGCCCUCAGAAUGACGUACUUGCUCAAGUAGUACUGAAAUGCUCAGUUACUACCACCAUUAACUUGAUAACAAAUGAAGUACCUUAUCAGAUUGCGUGGCUUGAGAACUUACAAUAUCGCAGUUGUGAAGUGCAUCUGUACAAUAGUCACAUUACAGGGUGUGUGAUGUCUGUCGUAUCACCUGAAGGACACUAUACCGUUGCCACUUCCUUGUUGCCCAAACAUCUACCUGAAUUCACUUUAAUGCAGCCCCUCAUUUGAUUGCAUAAACAGAAAAGUGAACUGACUGCUGUGCAGGCAGUGUCAAUUUGUAACAGGACUGUAGAACGUAAACAUGUACGCUACACUGCUACCGUCAAAAAUACCAGGAAGAGUCUUGAUUAAGCAUGAUGAGUUAUAAAAUAGUGUUGUUUUGCUUGUUUUGGUGCUGGUGUAGGGAACACACAAACAAACAGGAACAUUGUAGUUAUGUGAAACUAAUGAGCAAAAGAAGACAGGAGGGAAUUAGAAGUUGCCAUUACAAGGAUUAUAACGGAGAUUAGACAUAGCUCUUAACCUUGCCAUAAAUUGUUGAUUACAUGGAAGUAAGGCAGUGACUUUCAUCGGUCAGGUUGAUGAAGUGUCUCUCCACCUGUAAUCUCUCAUACCUUCUACUUUGCCAGCCCUCUGCUGCUUUCAGGAGUCUGAAAAGAGUGAGGUAAAAGAAGGAAGGGGAUUUGAUUUGAAACUUAAAGCUCCUGUGAAAAGUAUUUUUGGCCUUUAUAAAAUAGACUAAAAUUAAUAUUGAUGUCCAUUUAUGGUAUUCAAAAGCAAAGAAGCUCAUCAGGAGACUGGUGAUUUUUUGCGGUGUUUUUCAAAGUUCCAAGUUAUAAAUAGUGUCAUUUUCAUUAUUGUGCCGCUCUAUCAGAUUGUGUUGCGCAGUGCUGGAAAAUCCCAGACAAGCAGCGGUCACACUGGAAAGUGUUGCACAAGCUUCAGUCAAGAAUAAUACACAAAGUGUCUGCUAAUAGGAACAAAUUAAGUUGAAAGCCUAUUAUUACAAUUGUGUUUCACAAUCUGCGCAAUUACUCUGUUCUGGAUGACAGGUCAGAUCAGGGUCUGCUUCCCACACCUCUCUUUAACAGCCAUGAACACACAUGCAGAGACACACUAUGGUGAAAUAGUGUGAGUAUGUGUCAGUAUUAGGUCAGAGUGUUAGCCUGGAGCAACCUCUCUGCCUCCUUGACCUCCACCCAACCAGACACACAAACACACCUACUGUACACACUGCUACAUUCUCCGUGUUUAACAAAUGCUGUCAUAACAAUGGCGGACUUUGACAGCCUGUGCAAACAUGACUCUGAUGAGUGGAUGAUGGAGUAUUCGAGCGUAAUUCACACAUCAUUUGCCUGGAGAUUACCCCACAAAUGGCUCAUAUUUUCAAGUGAAUUUCAUAUUUAUUGACGGUAUAGAUAUUCAGCAGUUAGAUAACAUGAGAAACUAGUCCUUAUCUCUUCUUCAGGAUCUGUAGUCUAAAUGGUGUGUUAGCUCACCUUAGAUUCUUCUUGACUCUGUUAAAAGUUUGAUGAGAUAAACAGAGCUUUGUACUGCUGUUAUACUGCAACCGUCCGCCAUGAUGUGACACUGAUACCUGAGUAACACCUGCGGGGAUGUGGCAGUCAACAAAGGUGACAAGUUAUAAAGGCUUCUAGGAAGGAAGAAGUAAACUUUGUUCAGACCAGGAUGAGGAAACUAUCAGAGCCACAUCUAAAAGCGUUUGUUCACAUAGUUGCUCGGACUAUGAGUGCACAGUGCCUGCAGGUAGGCAGCUAGGUAUAUAGCCAGACAGGUGAGUCAUUUAAUCAGUCAUUCAGUCUAGAUUUAUUCCAACAGCCACAUUUAAUCAUUUUAGGCUUAGUAUGUUGUUUAAUUUUAUGAUUUUGAGGAGAUUCUUACAGAUAGAACAAAAGGAGCUUCUAACCAACAGUCUAGCCUCUUAAAGCCAUGGUCACGAAGAACUUGACUUUCUUUAAGUGUGUUAAGUUUGAACAAUCACAAAGACUGGCAGUAAACAAAAAUGGGUUUACAAUGAUGAAGCCCUAACCCUCUCACAACUCUCGAGAUCUGCCUUGUUGUCCUGAAUAUGUUACCAAAGCUGGAGUUGGUGUUACUAAUCAGCUGUCGAAGCCGUGGUUUUGUUUCCCAAAUAUUCCCUCUGUUCAGCAAUAGUGAUACCUUAACUUUUAGCUUUAAAUAUCUAAUUAUAACUUAACUUUUCAUACAUAUAAUUAAUCAGGAAUAAAUCCGCAUGAGCAAAACCUUGAUUGAGAACAUUUUAUUUGACCUGUUAUUUGAUUUUAAAGUUUGACCCAUGUCCCAUCUGUUAACAUGGAGGAAGCUGGCUCAGUUGCUUGUACUGCAUUUCGUCAAUGGAAGGAGCUUUAAAGAUUUUGGCUUCACUUUUAAGGAGUUAUCAUGUUACCCAUCUGCACAUACAGUCUGUGACUGUGCCUCUUAAAGAUAAGAGCAUCAAAAUACAGUCAAGUGAUGUUUCAGAGGAUUACUCUUCAACAAGUGGUCCAUCCUUGGAGUUAAACACUUUCUAAACUGUGAACGACAACAUAGUACUACAGGAGCGCAGUGAAUCAAUUAUUUGUCAUGUAUUAGCAUGGUGGCGUUUAAUCAGUAUCCAUGUUGACAUUCUUUUAUAAAGCCUAACUUUGUCUUGUGUUACUGAUUUUCAUACUUUAAUAGUCCAGUUUAUGAUGACUGACUUUCAUGGUAAAUUAUUUGCUACUAAUGUCUCCAACUUGUCUCUUUUGUGGCGUCUCUUGUGGCAGAUUUCAGUCCAAGUUCAUCAUAGUUGUGGCGUGUCAGUAUUCAGUGUCAGCCCUCAAACAAAUAUCUGUAUCAGCUGAUUGGAGUCGGUCCAGGAGGAAGGAAAAGGGCUGCUACCAGCGAGGAAUAAUACUAUCGCCAAAACGUUAUCUUCUUCAAACAGCUGGUGCUCAUUACGGCAGAGGUCAUCCCAGAUACAAUUCAGCUCGGUACAUUCAGUCGCUCCACCCAGAUACAUAACAAAGACAUCUGAAUGAUAUUAGAGGGCCAGUCCAUUCAAAUCACAAAGUGUAAACAUUAAUUUUAGUUUCACAUGCCGACACUUUGAGAUAUCUCGCUCUGACGUGUUUUAAAUAUUUGGACCUCACAGAGGAAAUUCCUCAUUUAGACAGGAUGACAGAGGUGGAUAUCUCAAAGACCGAGCACACGAAGCCAGAAAUAUCUGCACCAGAAGUGAGGAGUAGAAAACAGCCUCUCUAUCUCGACUUUUGGCGAACUGAACCUUGAAAGCAGCUCGCAGGAAUAUGUAACUUUUGAGAUAUGAAGCAACAUGCUAUUGCUCAAACAAAAACAGUUGUCAGGGUUGGAGAUACACUAUUCAUCAAAAAUGACUCAGCCUCACAGAGAGAGAUCAAGAAAAACCACAAGACGCUGUUUCUGAUUUGUGAUGAUGCGGAUGGGUUUUGUCGACUUUAGGCAUGAUAUAUAAGAGAUCACAAGAGACUAAUGCAAACUGGAAUUCUGAAAAGGUGAGCAGGACCACAACACAAACACAUUUGAUUCUCAAAUACAGAGUUUGUUGUUAUUAUGAAUUUCUGUCAAAAGACUCUUCAGAGGAGCUUCAAGUUACUCCAAAGAGAUUAGCCUCAUUGUAGCUCCACACACUCAAACAAUGACCUCCUUCCAGCUCGCUCAAUGUCAUUUCACAUCUUUUGCUCUGGGCAUAAGAGUGUGUGUGUAUAUCAUAAUACCGGCCUGAGACAUGUUUUUGCCACAGUGUUAACAGGCAAAGGUAAAACAUGGACUCCUUCGUGGGGGCUGUUUUGAUAUAAUGUAUGUGACCAGGUUGGCUCUGGCAUCGCUUUUAUUAUUAAGAGUUAAUCACCACUUUUAAUGGGUUUUAAUGAAUCAGAUAAAGUGUUUAACUUAGCAGGGUGGUAAUCUACUCCAGUAAGUGUAACAAUUGUUUAACUUAAUCUGAAUUAUGGUCUUGUUUUCUAAUUUUUUAGGCAAGUAGAUUAAAGUAAGGGGAGACAGAAGUGAUGAAAUUCACCUCUAAGCAUCUUUUAAACUCACUUAAAGACAUGCGGCUCACUGUUUGGUUAAAGCAUGCAAGAAAAAGCGUACAAUUCAAAGUCUGACAAAAUUUCGUCCAUCUGUAUCAACUUCCUGCAGUCUUGUUGUUGUUGUUGUCGUUGUUGUGAGAUGGUUAGGUAACCAGCACAGAAACAUGGAUCUGGAGACUGAACCCAAACUGACGUAACAGAGUGAACCAAAAGACAACAAAUACAGUACAGGAGGAGUGUUUUUGUGCAGCCGGAGACCUUUCCCCUCUGCUGAGUCUCCCCUGCCGGUCCAAAUAUCUCCCCUUGAUGUGACUUGUGUUCUGCUGAACCAGUCGCAGCUGUGGCAACACUCAGAACACACAGAACUGAGGUCAACCUUUUCCGGUGCGCUCCUCCUCCUCCUCCUCUUCAUUGCUUCUUUCCUGCCUGACUUUCCCCUUUCACUGAGGUCUGUAGGAGCUGGUUUUUAUUUGAACACUGAUCCUGGUGAGCAUGUGAACUGCAGGAAUGUUAACUGUCUUUGAGAUGCGGCGUUGGGCAGCGACUGCAUGUGGCCUUGAUAAAAUGGAUGUAGGGAGGAGAGGGUUUGGGUAAUGUCAGAAAAAUGUCAGGGUGUGCUCCUCACUGUCUUGUUUCGAGUUUUGCUCCACUCAUCUUUGUCUCUUUCGGUCGGCCUGAGAGUCGUCUGUCACUGAAGCUUCACCUCUGUUUUGUUAUCCUCUUCACACCCGUCUUUGUCCUUUUAUCUCGUCCCUCUGAAGACACACAUAUCAGAGCUGUCUGUCUGGACAGCUGUCCUGCUGCUUUCAAUAACGGAGGGAAGAGAUCUAUUCUUGAUUCUUUCAUUGUCAUCCUUUAAACCUCGCCCCGAGCUAAUCCUUUACUCAGGCCCCGAUCUUGUUUGAAUACAAUUGAAAAUCUUCAUGUGAGGGGUUAAUGAGGUUUUGUUGCAGAGGAGUGAAAGCUCCUCUUGUGUGAGAGGCAGAUGUGAGCGUCGUUUAUUGGUCAUCCUGGUCUCUGAGAUCAUUGUUGUCUCCUGCUGAAUCAGCCGUAGUUAUUGGGAAUUGUUGCACAUAACCAUAAAGUGAGCGGUGAUUGUCUGGUACCAAUCUAAAAGCCACAAUAGUCUUCUAAUUUUGUAAUUUGGAGUCUCAUUUACGCCGUUAAUGUGGAUUUAAAAGGGUUAAUGUGAGGUGAGCUGUCAGGACUCGCACUAAACUGAACAUUUCCACUCCAAGAUAACCAGGACCACAUGAUUUAGCGCCACAUCUGAUUGAGCUUUUCUGCCUCAUCACAGUCGGUCUGUGACAUUUUCUUUUCCAUUUGUCAGUCUUUAAGCACCGCCGUGUGUUCUGCCGAGUGUUUACGUCACGCGCCAUCGUUAGGUCAUAGCGGACAGUUUCUGUGCUGUCUGAUUCUUGGUUUUCCUACCAUAAACAGAUAUCAGAUGUACCAAACUUCUUUCUGCACGGUGCAGUUUGCCUGCCAGAGUCUGGGAUUAGACUCUUAUUUUCUCUAGCAACAAUUCAGCAACUCCAGGAUAAUAUUCCUGAGUGUGAAAUUGCAAAGAUUAGAAGGAUUUCUUCAUGUACCGUGUAUAAUGCCAUUAAAAGACAAGGCCAGAAACUGAUACUGGACUGCUGGGAUCUUUAAUGGCUUGAAAAACCAAUAUGGCUCUGUAGUAGAACUCACUGAAUGGGUUCAAAAUUACCUCCAAAAACCAUCAGACAUGAUGGUUAGAAAUGAGAAGGACUUCUCUGGGCCCAAGCAUAUUUAAGAUGAGACAGAGUGGAAAACUUUGUGGUCUGAUGAAUCAAAAUAUGACUUUCUUUUUGGGAAUCAUUGAUGCCACAUCUGCUGCUCUAACUCGAGGCUUGUUAUCAGUGAACAGUGAAAGACAGUAACUCUUGUUGUGUGGUGGUGGUCGGAGAGGCCGUAGGCACAAACUGGCAGCCAUUUUUCCGUCAGUCUGCCCCAGGGCAGCUGUGACUACUAAGGUAGUUUACCACCACCAAGGUGUGACUGUAUGAGUGAAUGAAUGAUGUAUCCAAUGUAAAGCGCUUUGAGGGUCUCUGAUAAAGCGCUAUAUGAAAUCUGAUGCAUUAUUAUUAUUUUUAACCCUGAUGGUAUGGGGGGCUUGCACAUCUGGUAAGGCACUAUUAAUGCUGAACAUUAUGUAGGGGUGUCCCGAUAAAACUUUUCUACUUCCGAUACGAUACCGAUAUUGUAGCCUUCAAUAUUGAUCCGAUAGUAGCACAAAAUUGUGCAUGACAAGUUUUUAACUCGGCUGUAAUGUCUUCUUCGGAACUAGACAGAAAAUACUGCCUCAAGGUCAACAUCACUCCUACUCCUUGGUACUUUGUUAGUACCUUAGUACACACUGUUAUUGUGAUUUUGUGGGCUCAGCUUGAUGGAUGUUGAGGGGCUGCUAGUUAGAGGUGCCAGAGCGGAGUCUGGAAUGAACUGCUUGUAACAGAGUGCUGAUAUCAGGGAUUUUAGAUGCCGGCCGAUAUAAUACGAUAUUUGUUUUUUUUUUGCUAAUGUCGGACUGAUAUCCGAUAUCAAUAUCGUAUCGGGACACCCCUAACAGUAUGUACAGGCAACAUCUAGACGAUGGCUUUGUUAUAGAGGACCACAUUUUGGACUCAUCACAAUAGUAUGGCUCUGUAGUAGAAGAGUCCUGGUGCUAAACUGGCCUGCCCGUAGUCCUGAUUUGUUAACUGUUAGAGACAUUUAGUGCAGAAUGACCAAGAGAUGUCAACAAAAGAGGCCUGAACUGAAGAGCAGGGGAAAUCCUAUACCAAGAAUAGGACGAAAUUCCUCAGAACUUCAUAAGAGGAUGUCCUUUGUUUCCAAAUGAGGAUGUAAAAGAAGAGGCGAUACAGUAAAAUGGUAAACGUGACCUUUUUAAGCUGUUUUGAAAUGUUUGAUAUGUUGUCUUUGCCCCUUUUUAAGUUGAAUGUGGGUUUUAAAUGAUUUGCAAACCAUCAAAUUUUGCUUUUAUCAACAUUUUACACAGCAUUCCAACUGCUAAGGAAUUCAGAUCACCUUAUAUAACUCACUGUUUAUGAACCACAUUUAGAAGAUAAUCUUAUUUCUUCAUUUUCUUUCAUUUUUUAACAUUUUUUAAAUCCAAAAUUGUUAAAACAACAAACAAGCUCUUUUAUUUUUAUCAGUUUUUCCACUCAAACUCACAUUUUGACAGAUUACUCUCAAGAACUCAGAGUUCUGUUUGCCUAUCUCCGUUCUCUGCCAGAUUACAGAGUAGUUGUUAUUGGCAUCAUUGAGUCUAAAGCAGAUCUCAUGUUCUGUAGUUUCUGUACCUGGCAACAGCCGAGGCACUAAUCAGGGACAAAACCACUCUUGAGGCUUUGGGUAAACACAAAAGAGCGCACAAUGGAGUGAAACCAACCCGCCCCGCUGUGUGGGUGUCAGCUCGAUCUGAUCUGAUCACAUGUUGUGUAAGAUGAAAUCUGAGGCGUUGGCUCACGUCGAGGUCUGGAUCUUGCUUCACCUGUGUCCCCAGAAUGACACGCCGAGCAAAGCAAGGCAACAAAAAAACUGUUAAAUUCUUGCGGUAAAAAAGCGAAACAAUGGAGGAUUUCUGUGUUCAAUUGGCCGGCAAUUAGUGGGUGAGUGAGAGAGGCCAGUGAUGGAAUGAUUGGGAGUUUAAAACCUUGGUUUGCAAAUGUACCGUCUUAAUUAUAUUGAAUUAAACGCACCAGGACAAAGCUGUUUGCCAUUUAUCUGGACUCAUUUUGAAGCAUUUAGAGUGCUCAAAAGAGUAGAAAGUGUGGUUCUUGUCUUCCCGCCCUUCAGCUUUCCCUGAUAGUGAGAUAAAACCGCCUGUGAUCCACACCAGAGCAGAGCGUUAUUCAGAGUUAGAAUGAGCUAACUCCCCUGGGACGCCUCCUGCACGCCGGCCAGACUUCUAAUCUGGACAAGUGGUUAGUUGUCUCCCAUAUGGCAACACAUCACGAACCCACAUGUAGACUCCAUCAGUUUAAGGAGGAAGAUGAAUGAAUGCGAGUUUCUGAGGAAAUGUGCGAACCAAAUGCCCGUCUGAUGUGCAGAGGUGACUCCGAGUUUGGCGACUGUUUCUGCUGUUUGGUCUAAACUCUUCUGAACUGCUGAUCAGAUUUUCAGAUUGUGAUAAACAUGUUUCAGAUUAACAUUCCCAACACUGGUUACACCACACUGGAAAUUCUGCACCGUCAGCAGGUAGACCUCAACCUCAAUCUGCGAAACCUGGUUUUGGUUUCCAAGUGCAUGUAGCGGCCCACUUAUAACACCUUUUAAAUGUUGAUUGCAUGUUAUUUUUGUCUCCUUUUCUGUGGUGGCCAUGCGGAGUGAGUGUUUUCUCUCUCCUGUUUGCUUACUCAUAAAUCUCCUCAAAGGCUAACCCCUCGUCUUCCUCUCACACGCACUGUCUACCCUCACGCUUCUGCAUUCCUGUCUGUGUUGGCCCAGUGAACUGUUGUUUCACACUGAAGGAGAUUACAGAUGUUUCCAGGAACUUGGCCUUUACUGACACUGCCUCACUGCCCGUCUCAAAGAAGUACAGACUUUGUGUCUCAGUGAAAAAGGUUCGAGGUGUACGAGGGGAUUGAGUUUAAGAGGGCAGCGAUUCCAUUUAGUUUUCUCAUCCAGGGAGACAAAUGAAAUCUGACAAAUAAUUAGAGGCUUGUUUAAACUUUCAAUAUACACUGAGGCUCUAAUUAAAUGUCAGGUUUCAUUUAUCUUCUUAUAAAUAAGAGCUUUGUGGUUUUUAUUUAAGAGCUCAAUCCUCUAAAGUUGAUUACAACACCGCCAAUUAUGAUCUCAAGUGCAACAAAAACUAGGUGUUCAUUCAGGACCACUCCCAUCAAAAAGAAUAGAUUAUUUAAUGUAAUAAGUGAUAUAUGGAGGUAGAGAGGACCCGACUCUGCAUUUUUUUAACCCAAAAUCUAAAUUAUUUGAGCUAAUUGACGCUGCUGUAGGGCUGCAGCUAUCGAAUAUUUAAGUUAUAGUAGUUUUCUACUGACUAUUUCAUUGAUUACGUGAAUAAUCGGACCCAAACGGGUUUCACAUACAGUGAGAUUUCCUACAUCACAAAUCUGAGCUCCAACCCAGGGGCCCCACUAUGAGGGCCAGGCUCACAGAAAUAGAGAGGACAAUCGCGGAACAAGCGUGUGCGCUAGCAGAUUGCAAUGCUCGCAAGAAAGCUAAUUAUGAUAUUAGCCUUUAUCAUGCCCCUGAAGACAUUAGUGUCUGAGAGCUGAAUACCUCAGAUGCUACUUCUACUACAGCGGCAAUGUUAGGAUGUCAGCUGACAUGAAGAGGAGUGUGCAAAGCAGCGCUGUCUCCGCCCACGACUCAGAGACGAAGUGCUAAUGAGCUACUGGAGCUCUGCAGAGGAAAAGCCCCUCUCAUCAUAGAUUUUUUCCGCUCCGCAAAACCAAAACCGUGAUUACUCCUCCUUCUACCGCGGAGACGGUAGAAGGAGGAGAUUCAUAUAAAUAUGUUAAAAGCCAAGGCAGGGAGAGCAGCAGCAAAGACAUGCAGCAAAAAUUCACAGCCGAAAUCGAACCUGCUAGGCCAUCCGUGCCCAAAAACAACUAAACUUGACUUUAUGGCCUGCCUGAACUAGCUCUAUGUUCACUUUGUGCUUCAUCAGGAUUAGGGAUUAAACCCUGUUCUAUUAAGGACCAGACACUGCAUUUUCCUGUAAAAUAAAGUCAUUUUACACGCAGAAAAAAUUAUGGUCAUUUGAUGAACAUUUUUGCGCAUCAGUGUAUGCAUCAAAGUAAACCAAAAUGCAGAACUGUCCGACGUUUUCAGGGUUUAAAAUUCUCUGUCUGCUGCAGGAAAGUUGUCCUCCUCCUAAACUCAAAGCAGAAACACCCAAACUUUGAAGCAAGUCCACUGUAAAGAUAUCAAGUAGUAGAAAGAGUCAUCUAAAGUUGACAUCCAUGUUGAAGAUGACAGGUUAAAGCCAGCGAACCCAAGGAGGUCGCUUAAGGUUGCAUUGAGAUCGUUCUGGCCCUGUAGCCAUCACAGACGACUGUUUUAGAUCGGUCCAUAGUGUGCAUGUUUUAGAUGAGCCCCCAAAUAUGUUACAGCCGCACUAAACAAAAAGCUAAGCCUCAGACCAUAUGAGAAAGGAUACCGCAUGAAAUGUGAAGUUUAACCCACAAGAGCUUCACUUAAAACAAAACCUUAAAAUGCUUGAAACAAGAAAAUAAAAGAGCCCGGCCAAAACCAACAGAAGAUAGAGAAAAAGAGAGGUGCCGGGCCAGCUGGGAAACAGAGCGUCACCUUCAGUACCUCUCUUUAAAUGAAGUCCAAAAACUAACCUGUGAAAAUAAGAGACCGAUAACUAGACUUUGUGUGGAGUCCAGCUAAAAUGAAAUAACAACAGUCAGCAGUCUUAAACAUGCUGGGGGAUGUCAGUGUGGGGAAGGAAAACAAGGUCAAAGGAGGACACAGAGUUCCUCAUCAAAAUCCAUCUGCCCAGUGAGAGAGCGCAGAACUGAACCACAAGACGGUAACAGUGAUGAUGAAUUCAGGGUCAUGACUUAGAGUGUUGAUAGUUGAGUCUUUGUUUGUUGUGGAGCCUCCCUUUUUUUGCUCUCUUUCACUUCAUUGUUGUCCUUUUGGCCCCAAAGUUUAUACCCUGAGUUAAUACUGAAAACCCUUUAGAUGUUUGUAUCCUCUCUCUUCUUGGUCCACCAGCCUCUUACUCAGCUGUCGCAUGCUAGCAGAGGCUUCAAUCCCCCCUGGCCUUAACAGGAAAAGUGGUUUUGGAGGUUGACUCUCCAAGUCCGAGCAUUGUUUUGAAUAAAUGGAAAAAUAAAUCACUGCCAUCUGUAUUUGUUUAUGUUUUGAUCCAGUCAUUCUUUGGCUUGAUGCUCACUAGUUAGCUCAGAGAUGAAUCGCUCUUCUUCAGGCAUCCAUCAUCAGUCGACCUCCAGUGCAGCUCGAGUGCUUUGAAAAACUCCAACCUCAUCUCCUCCUUUGACUCUGUCAUGCGACGACGAAUGUUGUGCUGAAAGGCAGCGCUGUGUUUGUGUCCUAAUCUGUCCCCUCCUGCUUUUACAGGAUUGAAUCUGUAACUGUCAGAAAGACUCUGGGCGUCUGCCAGCGGAGCUGUCGUCAUAGUAACUCUGAAAAGAUGCUUGUGGUUGGCACAGCGAGCUGGUCCUUCAGGGUGGAGCAUUGUUAGCUCUGGAGUCUGUUUUUCUCAGCUCUAAAGAUGUCAGUGUUUAGCAAGCUACAUAUGAAAGUAAUGAACAGAGAUACUUACAGUGUGUCUCUGGUUUACAUGAGCUUCACAUUAACUUGUUGUGCUUACUGACCGAUUUUACGUGGUACAAUGUGCUAAAAAAUCUGUCAAAAUGUCUAAGUACGACUUUGGUAAGCAACAUAGCUGCUCCACACAAUGGAUAUUCGUAGCAUUACGGUACGCUGUGUCAUUACCUGAUUGGCCCCAUAACAGGACCUCUGAGCAGUCUACAAGACUGCCUGACUGUAAUGUCUUAACUAUAAGUGCAUUCAUGUAAGGGAGCUCGGGCCCGGAGUAUGGGCUAGGAACAAUAAACCAAUCAAUUCUUAAUGCGCCUUAUAAUCCGGUGUGCCUUACCGCCCGAAAAAUAUGUUAAGUGGAACGACUAGUUUAGUUGACUUCAGCUUCAGUCAAGGCCACACUGCUGUAAUAGUUUACUACCUGUAUGUAAACAAGCACAGAUGACUGAUGAUGUUUCGUUAGGGUGACCAGGGAAAUGUCCUCUAUUUUUGGAGGCUGUCCGGGUUUUUGUUCAGCUUUGUCCGGGGAAGUUUAUAAAAUCCUUCAAAUGUCUGCGGUUUUGUACGCAAGUGUUGAUCUUGUGUCACCUGGACUUACUCAAAAUUAACUUAGUGCGACUCUGUUACUCCGCCCCCACAUAGUCGUGUCCUCUUUUUCGGAAGUCAGAAUAUGGUCACCCUAGUUUUGUAGUGUCCGAGGUUUGGCAUCCAGGAGACAUAGAUAUAGUUGUAUGUGGGUUGUGUACGGUUUAGCUAACUCGAUGGUAGCAGUGUGUAACUAGCACAAGCUCGUUAACUAAAACCUGCAGCACUGAUUGUUACCGAGCAUUCACUGGAGAAUCUAACUUUCUUUUGUUUGCAUUUUAUCAGAUAAGAUGAAUUUCCUCAUUGCAGACAUGAUUUGAUAGUUACAGGACGACUUAUAUCCUGUAACAUCUUUGAUUUUUCAUGUCAUGCCUGUUGUAAGUCAUUGCAACACUUCAGUGGAGGGGAAACACUGAUUUAGGACAGUACAAGUGUUAUACAACCGAAGAGCUGAAACUGUUUGUACUGAAUUAUCGCUGCAUUUGAAGAACAAAGCAUCAAGAUCCAGAGGGAUUUAGGAUGUCACAACUCUUGUCUCUCAAAGCGGAAAGUCAUACGCAAUGGAGUUAUGAGGAGUAACAAUGAUGCGACGUUUAUUUGACUUGACAAUCAGCUUUGGUGGUGUCUGUUUUUUUUCAGAGGGGCUUUUCUAAAUUAAAUAACCAGGACCAGGGCGCAAAUUUGGCUCAGAUGUUUUCAUAUCCUUCUCAGUGCAGGCGUAAAAAUCGGCGUUUGGUCACAAGAAAGCAAGACAGACACUUCAAACAGAAACAUAAACCCUCUAUUAUUAUAAAUUAUAAUGCAAUUGGUCGUUUUUUCCCAAACGGCUGCUGGAAAUCCCAAAUACUUUCACUGCAAACACAGUCCAACUUUUGAGUUUCCUGCAACAACACCCCUCAUUUCAUAAGAAUGUUGAAGAGAAAGCUGAACUGAAAAGGGUCAAAUUAAAUCAUUUAGCAAAAGGACACGGUGUGAUAAAGCUGAAAAUAUGAACGAGGUUGAUCCUUUGAGAUCAGUGUUGAGUCUAUAACUUCUGAAAAACAACAGUAUCUUCAUAAAACCACAUCAGAGUGUGAAAGAGAGGCUGAUGUAAAACUAAUGUAUACUCAAACAUCUGCUCAACAUCUCUUUGCAUGGCUUCAAUUAAGAUCUUCAAUGCCAGUUUUGCAGCUUAUUGGAAACUUCAUGUAUUGUUGCAUGUGCGCAAAGUCGUCUGGAGCGCGUGGAGGAAGUUACCCCGACACAGAUUAAACAUUUCUGGUAACUAAUUCCCCAUGCAGGCUGCAGAGGGUGGUUCUGUUUUGAACAUUCCUCGUCCCUGAAGUAAUAAAGAAUCAAAGAAUUGGAAAUAUUUGUUUCGGUAGCCUCUCCCAGUCCCACUCUUUAUUUUGACCGAGUGAAAAUUAGUCUUGCAGAGAGAUAGAAGAAGGAUACUUGAGGUUGGUUAAAUCAGAUGUGCACAUUCCAGCUAAGGACGCAAACUCAGGCUCUGUUUUCGUCGGUGUACGUGAUUGGCCGCUGUAAACACUGUCACUGUUAGCUUACUCAGCAGUUGGGUUUUUCCAUGUUUGUGUAUACUUCAGGCUUUUCAAACCCCCCUUUGAGGACUGGAUGAUUGCCAGAUGAAGAGUACUUUUGACCCUGUCAGGCAUCCGAGAAGCUGUCUCUGUUUCUCUUCUCUUCUCUUCCCGUUUUUUUCUUCCUGUUCUGUCUUCAUCCUUUCUUUUUCUCAUCCAUCAAGAUGAAGCGUCCGUGUUCUGCUUUUGUCUGUCAGUCCACUUUCGGCUCUAUUGUUUAACAUGGCAGCUUUCUGUCGGAAAAUCAGUUCAUUUUAAUUAAAUAACUGCAGUGAGUAAUUCGACUAAAAGAGGAGAUGUAAUAAAACACUGUCUUUUAUUGCUGCUGAGACAAUCUAAUUUAGUGCUAAGUUGGCGGUGCUUCCCUUCGAGGAAACAGCAGCGAGGAGGACGCUAAAGUAACUUAAAGUGAACCUUUCCACAAACAACAAAUGCACAGACAGCGAAAUGUAUCCCACAAGAAUGUUGUUUUCUAUGAUUUUAUACAAGUUUUAUUCUCAUUUUCGAGGGUUCAGCGGAGGACAGAUACAGCACCAGUUCAGCGCGGUGCUUGACACAGACGUCAGACUCACACAGACUCAAAACUCAUGACUAAGGGUCAGUGUUUCUUGGUGACAAGCCUCAUUUGUCCUCAGCUGCAGAAUGCUUUUGUCUACUCAUCAUUGUCGGGUGUGAAUAACCUCUAUUGACCUUCGCCAUCCUGGUUUUUCUUAAGUUUUAAAGGUGGAGUAGGCAGGAUUCUGUUAAAGAAGCAUCUUUUUUUGUGGUGUAUAUACAAAAAAGCUUUUAAUAUCAGUUAAUAGCUGUUAGUUAUUGAUGACAUUUGGUAAUAUAACGAUAUGACUGUGUUUUGUUAUGUCUGUGUAGUCAACAUUUUACAUUUUUUGAGCGUCCCGCUUAUUCUGACUGUAAACAAAGCCGUUCUCCACAUCCGCGACCUGAUUGGUUGUGAGCGGACAUUGCUCCCUCGUGUUGUGAGGCACGCUCCAUGUCCUCAAAUAACGUUCAUGAGCCCAAACAAAGUUAGCGUGCUACAAUAUCAGACAAUAGAAACCAACCAGAAAGUAUGGAAAGUUGUCUGAAUCCUCCUUUGGCCACUACUGCCGACACAAGCAAGAAAACAAAGUAAAUACCGGAGACUCUGGUGGAAUAACCGGACAAGAGCUAAGAAACCGGGUCAAUAAUAUAAAUGAAACGAUGGUGAAUGGAAGAUUGGGAUCUCCUGGACCCUAUAACCUUUUUGCUGGACAGAUAAAUCGCUUUAACAAAGUAAGCCAAGUGUCUGUAACAGAAGUGUUUCUUGUCAAACGGGACCUGCUGUUUGUUGUAGCGCUGCUAAACUGUUGACCUCGGGUCCUGGACUAUGUCACUUUAUCCUCGUUGUAGAAGUCCUGCAAACAUAGUGUUUGCUGGUAGUCUGUUGGCAUCUACAGUAGCACCAAUGCUUUUGACUUUCACAUCGACUGGGCCCCAUUUGUAAUAUCUAUCUGAAUUUAAUUGAAAUGAUACGAGCGAGCAGGAGCGUCUGUUUGUGGGCGGGGCUUUCUGGAGCAGAGAGGGGAGAGGAGGAGCUGAGGGGAAAACUGGUUAGGAGGGGUAGUAAGAUUUCUCCCCAAAACUGGCGCUUCCUCAGAUCCUGCCUACCCCACCUUUAAGUCUUUGAAUCAUGUUAUGUCAGGAUGAUGAGUAAGCAGAUUUACUUCAGAUUCGAUUUCAACGUUUCAGUCUGGGAGUUACUCGUGUUACAGGAUUAUAAUAUUCUGGACUUGGCUUACGGCUGCUAUAGCUCACAUUAUCCUAGCCAUGCACACGUCAUACCGUUUUACCUGCCAGAUGUUUUUCACCCUCUCCUUUGCGAGCGAGAAUUAGGCCCAGUUUAAAGUCUUCAGGGAAAAAUGGUGGGUGUUUGUGUGUUUGCGGUCGUAUUGCAGAAGUGAAGUCAUUACAUACUAGUGGCUUUGCUUUCACUUUUUCAACCCCGAACUGACAGACCUCGAGAGGAUUGUGAAGCAAUGAGAAGUGAUGUUUUCUGUAAUGUGAGAUCGUUUAAAACUUAACCUUUUGCAGCAAAAACGUGAUCGUAUCUUAGUUUGUUAUGAUUGAGUCAAGUUUUUCAUACUCUGCUUCAAAAAUGUGAUUAUAAAGCCAGCCAGGAAGUUAAAAAGGCGACUUAGUUUGUUGGAAAAAUAAACUGUUCACUGCAUAACCAUGUCCCAGGAUAGAUCAGGAGCAGAGCUUGAUUGUAGCAGGAAAAAACCCACCACCAUUACAGCUAAUAGGGUCAGCUGAUAUAUACAAACUAGCCUCCGCUCAAGAGGCUCCACUCCAUUUUUAAUGAUUCCUCUGCUUUAUGGCUAAACAGGAAGAAUGAUUUAAUUAGCAGUGACCGGCCCCAGAUGAGUGUGAGUUAAAAUUAGACACACUUGUUUUAAAACAGCUGUGACCUCUUCAUGUUUUAAUCUCUCAAAAAUGUGCAGCCCUCGCAGGAAUAUAACGCUGGCUCUGCGUAAAAAAGAAACCGAUUUUGGGGAAAUGUUGUCGCCCACUCACACUUAAAUAGAAGCAUCCCGCAGUUUAAACAAACACAAAUAACCUAAAGACUCACUUCCUCUCCGGGAUUACACGUUAAACAGACACAAGAUGGAUUUAGACGCCGAGGAGAAGUGCCUCACUUCCUGAUUUUCAUCCUGCAGUGACCUCGGGCCCAGCGGGGAGGUUCUGCGAGGGAGAAUGGGGAAUUUAGCAGAUGCAUGAGUUAAGUCGCUCAGGGGAGGUUGAGGUCAUACUUAAUCUGCCGUCCUUGUUCUCUUUCUCUCCUAUUUUACAGGUUUUCUGUAAAAGAAUAAGAGUAUCAGCAGGUCUUUAAAAGUUGUGAUUGUUGCACGCUCUUUACAAGCCAAGUUUCAGCCAUUAGCACCAUCAGCCUGUUGUUGCUCCUCGCAUGCAAGCUCAUUCCUUCAUAAUGUGUAAAAACCUCACUGAAUUGAAGUGUAAUAUUACCUGUACCAGGUGUUAGCCUGGAGGGGAUCUCCUGUUACUUGUUUGAGUGCUUGUUUGUGUAUUUGUCUGCUUUAAUCUUGCAGACAGUCGAGCUUAUUUGCCUGAUAUUGUGGAGGAAUAUUCAGCUUUUUCUUCUAAUUCUACCUCAACUUGAAUGUUUACUGUCUUGAUUAAUAGAGCUGUCAUCUAAACUCAAGAUAGAAAGUGCUUUACAAGAAUAAAACCAAGCAUUUCAAAUAUGAGGUACUGUUACCUGAGCUGUGAUGAAAAGAGCCAAGCACUCAGUGAAGAAACCCAACUUACAGGUUACAUAACAUACCCCAUGGCCCCUUAUACUCCCCUGACCCAAACAUGAAGAUAGAUGGGCAGCAAGAGCCAGUCCAUCACCAGGGUUAUCAAGUUGGGUCCACAGAACCAUGAGGAAGGUCAACCAUUUGUUCCCUGAUCCAUCCUCUUACAUGCCAGCUCUCACUUCCAGCCAUACCUAAAGAUACGCACACAGAUAGAAAGUAACAAGUGUGAUUUAAAAAGUAUAGACGGGUUUCUUGUGCACAAACAGUACUAGAUGUGCGCGCAACCAGGGGGCAAAAGUCUGCUUCGGAGUGAACUGAUAUCAAUGAUGUUGUAUUGUUUGCAAGUUUCAAUGCCAUUUCAUUGAAAAAUCGCGUUGUCUUUCAUUGCAUCAAAAUCAGAAAAACACUUGCUGAAAUGUCCAUGAAUUCCACUGAACUUACUAGGUUGUAAGUCUUCUUCUUCUCUUGGCAAAAGGAUGAGAUCUCCUCAGGAUGUUAAACAGUUUCCGUCCAUCCUUUUGCCGAUUCGUACAGUUUACAGCGCAAAAGCUCUUUGGCUUUUUCUUUCUCUGUUGACUUCGCUGGUAAACAAAUAAGAGUAAGUAAUAAGUAAAAUGUCCCGUUUUCUGCCCCCUAGCUGUGCGCACAUACCUGUGACAACGUUUCACAGAAACCCGUCUUUUCAGGAGUCAGUCCAAAAACAGAUACUCGUCUAGAGUCGUAUUAAAAUAAAACCAAACCAAGGUAUUAAAUGUUGUAACCUGGUCCAAAUAGUUGAUUUAAUCACAAGCCCCGCCUCCUUCAAAGCUUUAGCCAAUUAGAGUAUAAGAUUUUAAGGUUACACCAGGGGUGGCCAAGCAGAUGUAAAGGGGCCCCUUGCCAACUCUUGCCCCUCUGAACACAGCCCUGGCAUUAAACUCAGAUUGUAAAUAUUUUGCUUCCCUCUGCUCACACCACUCUGUUGUUGUUUGAUAAAUCACCAGAGCCUGUUGACAAUUUCGGGAGACUUGCUGCUUAUGAGAUCAAAUUUACUGGAAAAAUGGAAUAUACUUCAUCCUCAGUACCACAUUAUAGGAAGAUUUAGUGGCUGAAAUCCAUUAGAACAACUCUUAUGCAUGAACCCGGCACUCACCUGUUAUGAAGUGCUCUGCCUCUGUUAUUUUUUACUUAAUUAAUCCGCCUUUUUCUCCUAUUUUCUUGAUCUUUUGUGGAUCUUUCUACUCUGAUUCAUAUCAUCACUAGAGGCUGUUAUAAAAACCUGCUGGGAAUAACUCAAAUAAAGUUGCGUAACAGUAAAUGAUUUCGGCUCGUGUUAUCCCAGCUGGUUUUACUGUCGUUCACUGGCAGGUACAGAAAUGGGAGUAAAGCAGCACUCAAUUUUUCAUUAGAGAGAUCUUAUGUUUUAACUGUCAAACCCUGUAGAAAGAAACCCUGCAGCCGUCCUCGCCUCUGUUUCCUCGCUCAUCCCCUACAGAGCGCUAAUAUCUCCUCAGCGCAGACCCAUGAAGCUGUCACAUGUGAAAUAGUUCAAUUCGCCUCAACAGCCUCAGUCAUAAAGCAUGCGGUAGCCAGCCUGGCUGGGCAAGAUAAACAAAUCUGGUGACUCCCCAGACUACCGGCCUUAUGUCUCUGUAUGUAGGAGCUGUAGCAGAAAGCCUUCAGUGGGAAAAACAUGUAUACUGUGAAGAAAAGAGCAUCAUGUUGGCCGAGUGUUUUUUUUAUAUACAUUAGGACCCCUUUGCUGGCAUUGUUUUUUUGCAGCUAGUUCUCAAUUUUUUUUUGCAGAUUUAGCUGCAGUGGAAAACACACUUCUGAUAAGAUAGUCCAAAUUAGAGAUGUUCCAAUACUAAUUUUUCCGUCCCGGUACCGGGACGGAAACUUGUGCUGUGGGUAUCGGCCAAUACUGAGUACCAAUCUGAUACCAGUACGUUAUAAAACAAAAUAUUAUACCAGGCCUGAAUGACUGUGAUAUUAUUAUCGUUGUGGUGAGGUCUGGCUCAGGUUAAACCCUUAGUAAAACACAAAUAAAUACAGCAAAUUCAAUUCCAUUUAUUUUUAAAUAAAACAGUAUAAAAAACAGAGCUAACCAGUAAAUAAAUUACUAAUUUAAUGAAUUACGUGGUAUUGGAUCGGUGCAUGGACUCUAGUACUCGCCAGUACUGAUGAUAGCAUUUCGAUACUGGCAUCGUAGUUGGAAUAACUCUGGUCUAAAUUUGUUGGACAGUUUAAGAUCUGGAUGACAAGAAAUCAAAACUGCUUUGCUUUUUACACCAUCAGUCUGAACUCCUGCUGCAGUUUUCUGUUUUUGCAGCUUUUAUUUAACAGUUUUGAUCAUUUUCAGACGAGAUUCUGACAAUAAAGUAUCUAACAAACUAACUAAUAAAUGAUGUAAGAAUUCUGCUUGAGGAAUGAAGAACAACUCAGGCUUGCUUUGUGAUGAAAUGGUCUGAAUUUGUUGCCCACUCUGAAUGACUUUGAUCUGAAAGGAAAUUCCACUGUACAGCUUUUAUCUUUACCUCGUUGAUAGUCUGAAAUUGUUGUAAGCAGAGACAAGUUUUUGUUUUGUAGCCGUAUUAUCAUCAUCUUGCAGAGGAGUGUACGUGUUAAGUUGUCUAGUCAACACUAUAAUUAUUGGUCGGUUAACUAAUAAGAGGUAUUUUUAUUAUUACGGUCCAAAAAUGCUGGUUAAAUGUUGUUUGCAGUCACCCUCCCCUGUAGCUCUGACUAAUAACUGCUAUAAUGCAAUAAUUCUCCACCACACUGAUGUAAACAAGCACAGCUGAUGGAUGGUAUUUGGCAGGAUCAUGCAGUACGGCAGCAUUUUGAUCAAGAAAAUCUGCAAGGAGGUCAAAAGGCUGGUAGUGCUAGCUCUGCUACUGUCAUCCACACUCCUUCAAGCAGUUUGACAUUGUUUACUUUCAGACUGGAGCCUUGUUGAAUAUAUUUGAAGUGUGUUUUCUAAAUGUUUUUGAAUGUUUAGACUAGUCAGUCAGAAUUAAAAUGUCUGGAUAGGGUCAAUGUUUUGCAUGAUUUUGUGUAAUCAGAUUGAGCUGCAAGUAAGAGCAAUGUAAAAUUGCUAUGUGUUGACAGGACAUGGGGGAAAAUCCUGAAUUGGAUGGAGUGAGACACUACCUCGUUUGUUGGUUUGUUGACAGCACAGGCGUUAAUACAACUCUUCUUCUGUGGUUGUUUUAUCGAAAUUUGACAACUCUGUGCAUAAUGCUUCUUAUCCAAAUAAAGCUUGGUGUAUGUAUACACACAUCAUGAUUGGAUUAUUUGAUUUUGCACCCAUUUAAACAAUGGACUUAAACAAUUAUCCAAUCCAUUAAACUUUUGAUCGGAUCAAGAAAUUUUGCACAUGUAAACGUGGCUAUUGUCUGAUUUUCUUUGAAGGAAUUAGAGUUUGAAGAUUGAAAGAUGAUAUCAUGAUCGUACUGUUUGGAUUCGGUUUAGCAGCAUUAAUAUUUCAUCUUGAUGUAAUUUCAGACAUGAGAUCAAGCUGCGAGGAAGAGCCGGUCAGGGUUUCUUUUGAAUGAGAUUUUGCAUCACAGCUGAUCCAAAAAUGUUGAUUCAACCCCCCAUUUAUUUCUCACACAGACGGACACACACAACCACAGCGCCCUCCCUUUAUGUCCCACAGACAUGCUAUCUGGUGAUGCACAUUCUCCUCUCAUGUGGAAAACAGAAUACAUGAAUGUAGGUCAGCACCACAGACUGCAGUCCACACGCCUCCUCGCUGGAACAGACUGGAAGUGCUGUUCAUGCUUUCCCAGACUUCUGCCAGGAAUUCCAUAUGAAAUCCAGGGCGGCAUGAACUCACAGAUACAGUUAAUGGAUAAAACCUGGACUCUGCUGUGAAUACAUUAAAGACCGGCAUGUCCAAACGAGUCCUCGCUUAUCUCUCCUACGUCUGACUGAGGAGCUUUUUUUUUCUUUCUUUUUUUUCGGGCUUGCAUGAGGCUGAGACAUCACAGUAAUCUGAUGGGAAAUGCGGCGUGGCGACAUGCCAUCAGGCUGCCAUGUUCUUCCCUGGAAAGUGACGUCAGGGCAGUCUGGGUGAAUGUGGUUACAACUUGUCCACAUUGCACUGAAACUAGACGUUUGGUAUGCAAUGAAACAAAAAGUAAUUGUGCGGCGUGUUCCCCUCUUUACCUAUAAAGCGUGCAGCUCUGCAGUAGUUAAUUUGAGGAGGAAAAUUUACAGUGUUGGUCUGAACUGCUGAGUGCCAUGUAGGAGAUAUUUACAUAACAUUACUGCAGCAGUAUUUUUCCUUAUAGUUACAUGUACAGUAUAACACAGACCCGCCCAAAAGAGUCAUAAAAUCUCAGCUCUUUAUUGGGCUGCUUUUUUCUUUUACUGGGACUUUUGUUUCAGGCUUUGUCUUUAUUUUAGCAGAAGCACAUUUUCUCUCAGCUGCCCUCUGACUUUAAUAAGCUCAUAGAGGCUCAUAUUUUACUUAAAUGUACCAUAAGUUUUAAUACAUCGUGUGAUAAAGUUUCAAUUUAGGUCAGUCAAGACAAAAAGGCUCAAAAAUCUGAAUUUCUCAUUAAUUUGCAGCAGAUUUGUUUGGUUUUGUUUGGUGGACACUGUUGAGUUGCUUGGAAAUUUUCAUUCUUGAUUUUCAGACAACAAAGAAGUCAAAUAUUAAAUAACCCAAAAGAAGAAUCAGUGCUUCCAGAGCUCGUGUUCGCCCUCUAAUCACUGUGAAGUGCAGCCAGUACAUCAUGUUUCGGAAAAGUUCUGCUCGGGAUAGACUUUCAUGUAUCGCUUUGCUGUGAUCAUCGAAAUAAAAAGACAAAUUAUUGGAUUUGAGGCCGUAGAAAUUUAGAUAGAUAGAUAGAUACACUUCAUUGAUCCCAAACUGGAAAAUUCUCAAACUGGGAAAUUCUCUACUUUUUUUCUCUUUAAAGAUCAAUUAUCUUUAAGAUAUGAAGAUAAACUUUAAUACCACAUGCUUCACAAUGAUACAAUGUUGAGUGUUUGAAGUUUGAAAGUUUUAAAAAAGCACCAAACUUGAAAAUAAACUCUAGAUCUACGGUCAUAUUUUCAACCUGAAGCUGAAUUGUAAAAUGAAUGGAUGAUUUCACCACAGUUACACUUGGAUGAUUUAAAGAAUAAGUCCACACCUCUCCUUAAGUCUGCAGAAAGGUGUUGGGUUUGGCACGUUUGCAGCUGUAGUUGCUCUUCUUCUCUGCUGUGUGACUCUCUGCUCUGCCCUCCAUCACAGCCACUAAGCUGAUAACUCUCCAGACAAUAACAGAUGUUUGUCACAUCCUCUAAUAGACACACAUAUGUUCUGUUAAUGUCUGUAGUAGACAAGCAGAGAGCAGAGACCAAAUUCAUCUGGUCUCUCAAUAUUUACAGCUGUUGACAGGGAACUUUACAGCUCUGUAUAAUGACUGACACCCAUAAAACGAGAGGGACCUGACUGCAGACACAGACCGCUGCCUGGAUUUCAACUGUCAAGAGGAAAUCUAGUGAUAUCAUAAGCGAAAGCUGUUCUUCUCUGUAGUUUUUUCACAAACUUGUAGAGUUUAGACGUCUUAUAAGAUCUGCAGUAUUCAGUAUACAAAUUCAAUCUUAACAUUGUGAAAAGUGAGAAUAUUGAACUUUACCAACUCCAAAGGUUUAUGAGAAACACUCAAAAACGAACUUUGGCUUGUGAAAUUGUUUGAUUUCUUGAUAAUACUUGAGAGUCAGGCGGAUAUCCAACUUCUAACUUUGCUUGUUUGCUGAAGGAGGCGGGACUGCUCACACACUCAUGGAGCUUCUGGACUGAAAACAUCUAAAUUAACUCCAAACUCUGCAAGUUAGAAUAUCGAGUCAAUUUAAUCUCAAAGUUUGUCAAAAAAAAAGAAAUUAAAUCACCAUUAUCUUUCUGAACAUAAAACGCAUUUGACAGCUAAUCAAACCUUAGAUAGACUCAUGUAUUAUAUAAAUAUUGAUGGCUAUUUGAUAAUGUCAUUUUUCUUAUUUUACUUCAAUUUCAGAUAUCUGGGCCAAAAUCCAAAAGUCCAUUGCAGCCGUGUUUCACUGAGUCCACUAUUUUUCUUUAUAUAUUUACCAAAUAAAACAUUUACCUUGUUUUGCAGUUUUGUUGUAAUUUGUUAUUAUUAUUUUGAAUAAACAGCAGUGUGAUAUUGGCAUUAAAAAUCAGCCACUGGCCAACCUGCUGUCCUACUAUCUGUAUCGGCAUCGGCCGCUAAAAAAAACUGACAUCAGUCGACCACUUAUUGGUGCUCUUUGGUUUAUCUAGAUGGAUGUCUCCUUUUGAAAACAACCUCAGGCACGAGUGUGCAGCCAUAGCUUUUACCUUAAGUGUUCACAGUUUUAAACACGCACUGUCAUGUAAAACUAAGUCCUUCUCACUUUGCAUGGAAGCUUAAGACGAAUAGACUAAAAAACAGCUUCUAACCUCGGGCUGUAAGAACCCUGAACUCUUCCACAUCACUCCAGUUGGACGAGCACACUCUGAACGGAUUGCACACACCUAUUGAUUUGCACUUUACAUACUUGUUUUGCGUAUAUGUUAUUUAGAUUACCUCGUCUGUUUUACUACCUCACUUGUUUUAUUUGAACUAUUUGUGCACUGACUGGGCAGCUCUUAAUCUCGUCAUGCAUCUGUUUGAUGACAAUAAAGUGUUUCAAUUCAAUUCAAUUCACUUAUGUGCACUCUGGUCUGAUUUUGCAGGACACCAGCACGUUAGUUUUUACUGGGUUUACAUUUUACCCAGUCAGUGACCCCUCUCAAGAUGAGAUGUGUUUUCACUGCUUUUGGGUGGAGGUAGAAACCUCAGAGAUGAAUAUCAUAAAAGCUGAAUAUGUGAAACAGAAACCAUCUGCGUUACCACAUGGUGACUCAGUCAGAUGAACAAACCCUGUGACUUUUAUCUGUUUGGCCUGAAACGAGUCUGUUGAUUUUAAAACAAUCCUCAUACUUUGUUUCUUAAUCCAGGCGCCUUUGCCAAGGUGAAGGAGAGCCAGCGGAUGAGCGACGAAGGGAAGAUGGACCAGGACGAGGCGGACGGCAUUAGGAAACGCUGCCGGACUGUCGGGUUUGCCCUCCAGGCAGAGAUGAGCCACUUCCAUCAGCGGCGAGAGGUGGACUUCAAGGACAUGAUGCAGGCCUACCUCAGGGAGCAGAUAGCCUUUUACCAGCGGGUCGUCCAGCAACUGGAGCGCACCCUGCGCAUGUACGACUGUCUGUAAGGACGCCGAACUGCUGCCCGGUUCAAGAUGCCAAAAAAAAACAAAAACCAGACAAGAGAAACAACACUCUGUGAUCCAGUUCUUCUGUGUUGGUCCUGUUGGGUUCACUUUGAAGAGACCGCAGUUACUGGGAAGACACUCAAAGCCAGUCAGUCUUUCACUUUGAUGGAUUCAAAGUUGUUUUGUUUUUUUUAAGACCUACUGUACCUUUUAUUCCUUAAGUAUGCUUCACAUAGACUGUGUCUCCACAUAUUGUUUAUUUCAUAUAAUUUAAGGUGUUUGUAACAUUAAAAUAAGAUUAUAGGUUUCAAAUUCAUAGCAAAUCUAUAGUUAAUUGUUUUUUUUUUUUUUAGUGUAACACAAGCCAGAAACGGGUUCUGUUUUUAAAAACUGUCCCCUUCUCUCCAACAUUGUGCACUUUGGCUUUUGCUGGGACGAACACGAGUUACUCCAAAAAUCCCCCGAACCAGUAACCUGUUAAUUCACCGACGUGUCAGUUUCUCUGUUUGUAUUUUCUGUUGAAGACUCACUGAUAUCACGUCGUUCAGUAAAUGUCUUUGAGAUGUUUUACAGCAAGUGCCUUUAAGGAAAAAGUGAGGCUCAGAGGUGGAGUCAUUUCAAGAGGACCGUUUGUCUGUAGCAUGGCUUGUGUUUAAUAGGAAUGAGCUGUAUGUAGAAACAAGUUUGCACAUGUUUUUGUAGUCUAGUGUGUGGAGGUGUGUGUAAAUGUAUGAGAGUGAGUGAAAUGAGUCGGUGAUCGUGCAGAUUUCACACGCAAAACAAAGAAAUAGAUAUCUAAGCAGAAGCAGCCAGUUUGUCAAGCUCCAUAAUAACAAAAUUAGAUAGUUAAAGUGGGUUUACUGGUUAUAUUGGGCAUUUCAGUUCACAAAUUCUUGAUGCAAGACCAAACUGGUUGUGUAAUAAUGGGUCCUGUCCCUUAAAUAUAAAGUUACAGUCAGCAGUUGGUUAGUUUAGCUGAGGAGAGGCUGAAAACAGAGGGAAAUGACCAGCCAAGCUCCGCCCACCACCUUGACUUGUCCUGAUUAGUUUAGAAAGUUACUUUUACUUUACUUAAUUUGAGUAAAAAGCCAAACAAUAGGCUUCUAAUGUGGCUUGAAUGAGAAUCAUGUCACAGUUUAGUGCAAAAACCAGUUAAAGGUACAGUGUGUAACUUUUGUUGACAUUUAAUACGAUGUAAUAUGAUUUAAAUUUAAGUUCGUGUUCAAUCACUGGAAUAUUACAAAUUAUUUUAGUCUUUCUCAACCUUGAAUCAUCCUUUUUAUCCACAUAGAAGUGAGACCCCUCCAUGGAGACAGCCAUUUUGCUCGUGUUUGUAUGGAAGCACGUAAAGGACAAACUAGUAACAUGUUUCUGAAUUCAGUGAUUGGCCGUGUGACAGAAAAGAAUGGUUGUUUUUGAUUGUAAAAACUUAAAAAUUGGAGAAUCAUCAUGGGUGCUUUUUGUCCUUGAGGGCCACCAUCCUUUCAUUGACAAGAGGGUUGAGUAUUUCCCUCAACUGUAGAAUCUGACAGCUGGAUAUAGUGAAGUUGUCCCACUUCUACACACUGUACCUUUAAACCACGACCUUUCUGGUUCGAUUGACUUUACAACAUUUAGCUUAAAACGUACGACAGUUAAAGAGUGAGUGUUAGAGGGGCGAGCGGGUAAAGUCUCUUGCUUGGAAAGAGCCAAGCUAGCUGUUUCCCUUUGUUUCAGCAUUUAAUUUGUCUUGGAGACAUCAAAGUGUAUUUUUAGGCUAAAAAGCAAAAAGCAGUUUAUCUUAAAUUCAUAAAAGGACUCAUCUUACUGUUUGCUCUGAUCACAGUAAAGUGUUAUUUCUACUUUUCUACAUUUUCCGCUCAAAGUGAGCGUCUGUACUUUCACUCUUUUGUCCCUCACUCCUUCUUGAGUGAGUGUUAAUUACUUAAUGAGAGUUGUUCCAGUAACAUUACUCAUUCGCUUUAACAAGACAAAACCUUCACGGCUACGUGUGGUUUCGACGAGACUAUCUUUAGAGUCAAACCAAGAGAGGUUUAAUUUCGCAGCCUGUGUUGCAUUUAUGAGCAUUACCUCAAAACGUGGUUUAGUCAGCGUCACACGCGUCUCCUCCAGGGGUUCCCAGAUUUCGUUGGUGUCUUGUUUUGACGGAGGGGGUUCUGACCUCCUGAGAGGGAAUGAGCAUUAAAAUUAGGAGUCAAUUUGAGUCUCAGAAUUUGGAAUAACAAACUUUAUUUGAGUUCCUGCAAAACAGAGAUGAGCUGAUUCAGAGCUCGGUAACUCAGUAAACAAACAGUCGGUGCGUCUGUGUGUGUGUUUGUGUUUGUGUCUGUGCGUGACUCAGAGAUAUCUGUUGUUACUGGUACUGUUCACUCCACAUCUGUAACUCUUUGCUGUCUGAAAUGUGUUGUUUCUUUUUUUUUUAUGUUGAACAAACUUUUUCAUUUUCAUACAUCAGCAUUUUUCCGAUUGCACUCACUGCAGUUUUCUCCGAGACCAAAGAAGUCAGACAUUUUCUACUGGGCUUCCUCUUUUAUUUUUAUUUUUUUACUCUGUUUGGUUGUAGUGACAUUCAACGUGCUCUCUGGUUUUGUAAUUGAAUCUGUAUUGGGGGAAAAUGUGAGGAGCACAUUUGGAAAAAUAAAGGAAAGUAACAAAAAAAAAUGGACACCAAAGGCGAAGACAGAUUUUGGCAAAAGAGAAACAAGGUGCAGAUAAAAUAAGUCGUGCUCGCUGUCCCGGUCAGAUUUCAUAAAGAAACGUUGCUCUCAUGUUCCAAAGCUGCACGAUUACUUAAAACACCAGGCAUUUCACACGAGUGACUGUUUCUUUACAUGGAUGUGUGACCUGGUGCGCUGCGGGAGCUCGGUGCUUGAGUUUCAGGCUUGAAAAUAACAGAUGUGAUUUGCAGCGAGUUAUUUGUCAUGGUUUACGGGAAGGGGACCUAAAAAAAAGUCUUAAUAAAAGGAUUGGUGGAGAUCA